AUGCUUGGGAAGCGAGGAUAUAUCUCUUCCGGUAUUGAAACCCUCCUGGACUCCUUUGAGAAAGUCAAGCCCAACUCCCGGGACGCAAGCACCGGCGCUGCUGCCAUGACUGCGUCAGCUACACUUGUCAGCGCAUUGGACCUGAGAUGGUUGCUCAAAGAAAGGAGGUAUGCGCAAGAGGGUCUUAUUUCGGUAGAAGAGCUUGUGGGCAUCUUUGCAAAGCGAAUGGAGGCGAAUGAGCAAUUGACCUAUCUUACGCAAUCGCGAAGAGCUUGGGAGGCUUUGAAAGAUGGCACCUUGGCCAGAGCUAUCGACAACAAUACCCGGACGAAUCCUGACAGCCUCCGGGAUUACAUGGAUGGCCCUCCUGGGUCCUUAUUCCACGACCCCGCAAGCCUGGAGGAAAUUGCAGCAACUGAAAGAGAGCUGGGCAUUAAGCUGCCAGCAGAUUAUAAAGAAUUUAUCGCCAUCACGGACGGGUUUGAGCAAAGCUGGAGCGGUAUAAUUUCGGACCCUCCUCUUCACCCUCUCGACGAGAUACGCUGGCUGGAAGAUGAUGAGGACUACUUCCUUGAUCUCGAGAUCGAGCUGAUCAACCCCGGGUUUCCAUAUGGCAUGUGGCCAACGGUGGGGAAAUCAAUCGAGAUCGGGUGCGAGGACAUUGAUAAUGUCUGGUUGAUUCCUCCCUCGAAGGUCCAGGAGGUCCAGGGUCGGCUUUUAGAGAUCAUGCAGAGUGGAAAAUAUGAUGAUGCGCUGAAAAGGCGUCUUGUGGGCGAGAUGUAG